AUGGACAAGGAAAGCCCCAUGCUUACCUCGGCUUUUGCAACAUUUGACUCUUCAGCCACAGAGUCGAUCCCAGCGAUUAAUUUGCGGAAUAUUAAGUAUUGGGAAAUAGGUAGAUGUGACGUCUCCGCUGAGUUGAUGAAUUGGAUGUCUCUUCCGAAACCGUCCACGUGGAAUAGCAUCAAUCGCGUAUACCAAGAAUACCAAGAAUACCAACUCCUCCUUCGCCGGUGGGUAUCUCCGGUAUCUCUGCCUGGCCGGUCCUUCUCCAUUGCCUCCUCCAGUCCAGUUCAAUCCAAGCUCGUCGCGGCCUCUUCUCCUUCCCUAGAUCCAUUCCUCACCCCAUUCGGCAUCAUAUCUUCAUUACCUGAACAGCUCGUGCGUCUCCUCGCUGUGCUGUCUCCGAGUGUCUGCCGCCGCCCUGAGCCUGACAUCCAGCCCCCCGUUGAUCCCGGCCAGCCUCCACUUUUAUUGCCCCAUUCGAGCUUCGUGACAUCGAUUGUUGAGACCACCAGCGCCUCACCUUGGAGCGAUGGUCAUUCGAACAUCCCGCCGAUGAGCUCCAUGAUCGAGACCAGUAAUGACUGGGCACGAGAGGAUGAGCUCGACUUGGGCCAGGAAGACGAUGAACACUCCCCGCCCGCCCGCAACGGUGUCUCCGACCAUGUCAACACUCAGGAGCCGCCAGAUCAUGGCCCAAUGGCUUACUUCGAGGAGGACCUCCCCGGCGUAGCCAGCGAAAACCAUGUUUCGGGGAAACCAAGCCCUCCUGUUGACGCUGAUUCCACUGACCUCCCAUCCUCGCCGCAAUCCGGGCAGCCCGGCGCUCCCGGUAGCGUGGAUGAGACCCUCUCGACGCCAGAUGAUACCCCUUCUUUGCAUGUUGGUCGCGACUAUGUCUGUUCCGCCCUGACUCCCCGCUGA